AUGGCUGAUAUCCCCGAGUCAACUAUUAACAGCUUUCCUUAUAUUUUGAGACAGGUUUGCUACGUGGCCACCAAAACACCCGUGGAGGCCUCGAGACAGGGUGGAAACGUGUGGGAACAAAAGGAGCCCCGCGCAAGGGCACCGAGCGGCACCCAUCGCAGCCCCCGCUGCCCUGCGGGGCCCAGCCCGCUCCGCUCCUCGCUCAGCACCCGCCGCGGAGCCGCGCCCGGCGGGCCCUGCCCGGCCCCCGCGGGGAGGAGACAGCGGCGGGAGGGCGGCGGCGCUUCCCUGGGCCCCGGCAGGCCCGGCAGCGAGCGGGGCCGCGGCCCGGCGGGCAGAGCCGCAGGAAAAUUGGAUGGCUGGGUGAGAACUGGUAGUCCAGAAGAAGAGAUCGUGACUGAGGAUUGUACCGUAUCUAAAGAAAUGCAGGAACUGCAGAAGCAAUGGCACUCUGUGGUGCAGAUCAUCCACAGCAACGCAAAUGUUGUUGCAUUUAUGAAUUCUCGAGUUGGCCAAUAUUUAGAUGACCAUCCUUUUAUUGCCUUGUCACUCCUGAUGUUUAUUGCAGUGUCUGCUAUUCCUGUUGCAUUUUUCCUGAUUUUCGUUGUUACAACAGCUGUGAUGGCCUGUAUUGGUGUGAUAGUCAUGGAAGGUAUUGCGAUAGCCAUAGGUGGCAUAGCCCUCCUGUGUGUGCUGUGUGGCCUGGGGGCAGUUUCCCUGGGAGUUUCUGGAGUACUGAGUAUUUCUUACAUUGCACUUUCAACUCUGGUCAACUACUGGUGUUCUUCAAGGGGUCAGCUAAGAAAGCAAGAUGUUAAUGGAAGUUUGCCACAGAAGAAGCCUGGCUUGGAUGUUUCUGCCAAUAAUGGAAAAAGUGAAUAAGUGGGUUUGUCCCCACUUCCUCCAUAGGCACUUAACUGCCCCGUUCUGACCUUCAUUAUGUAACUGUUUACUCCUUGAGCAUUCAGCCUUUGUGUGCUCCUUCUGGGAACUGAAAAGAGUCAAUGUACAUCUUACAUAGUCGAUGUAAAAUGGAUAUUAAGAGUAACCAUUAAGCAGCAGUGUAUUGCAGUAGUAAGUGUAUGUGCAUGAUGGAAUGCUCCACAGAGCUUGGGCAAGGGAUGUGACUGGUACUGUUAAGUCAGUGGUAAUUAGGUGAAAGAAAGAGUAGGGAUUUGAUUUCUCAUUAGUUGCUGGAGUUCUGGACAUACUCUCUUGAAGUUUUUGUGCAGCAGUUGGUCAUUUUGAAACAGAAGUACCAAAGCUCAGAACACACUCAGAAUGCAUUUUGAAUGUGGAAAAAAUACUUGUAAGCCUUAACAGCCUUUGUUAAAAUAGUAUGCUAAUGCUUUAUAUUUAUUAUACAGGGAAAAUAAGGUUUUGUCAUAUAUUAAGUCAUGCUCUAAGCUUAUAUAUACACCUUUAGAUGUUGCAUUAUUCCAAAGGGAUAUUUUCCUUGUUCUCAUUGCCUCAUUAUAGCAAGGGCAUGCUUAAAUGGUGCAUUUUUUCCUCUUUGUUUAGGUAUUUAAAUUGCCUGGUUUGCUUCUCAGUUGUAACUUCUUGUAUGUUAUUUAAACUUUUUUGGUUUUGUUUUUGCAAAAGCUAUUAUAUUUUUAAGCAUUAAGAAACUAUCUAACUAUAUUAGUUUAAUAAAGUGCUGUUUGUUUAA